AUGGGAGAAAAAUACAGGGAUGGAGAUUUUUAUGAUACGUAUAAUAUCUCAAUGAGAUCACCGAAAUAUGGUGAUGUAUCUAGAUAUUCUAAUUAUAAGAAAGAAUAUGAUGAAUAUCGAGAUAAAUCCAAAGAAUAUGAGAGGAUAUCUCUUAAAAGUCAUAAUGCAGGUUGUUUAGAGAGUUUUUCAUCAUCGAGGCAUGAUUAUGGUGUUUCUGGAUCUAAUAGGUCACCACGUUUUCGUUUAAGGUCUCCGUCACCUUAUUCUGAAACAUCAAGAUUACGGAAUUCUCCAGAUUCGUGUCAUCCAGUAUCUUCUCAUUCAUCUUCUAGUUCAUCGUUUAAAGGAUUCAGAGAAUCAAAUUCUUAUGGUUUUUUAAAUUCACAUAAAAGUAACGGUUUAUCUUAUCGACAUUCAUCAACAACAUCAGGGAAUUCUUCGGCAUAUAAUCAGGCUUCUUCAGGUUUUCGAAACUAUUCUGGUAGUUCAUUACGUCAAUAUUCAUCAGGGAGUGGUUAUCCGUCAUCGUCAUAUAGAAAUUCUUCAAAUAUAUUUGCAUGGGAGAUGACGACUCGAGCAUUUAUAUCGCCUAUUUAUGAACAAGAAGAAGAUUUUAUGAGGUUAAAUGAGGAAUUAGAAAGUUUAAAUGAAAAAUCUAAAACAAUUUUUAAAGAAAAGCGUUUAUCAAUGCUUGAAUGGCAGAAAUUGAUAUAUAAAUCCGAAAGAGAAGCUCAAAAUGUCGAGUUUUCUGAGAAACAAUUAGAAGCGACGGUAAAUGGUUCAUUGUUUAGUUAA